UACACUCACUUAAAAGCAAAUCCUCUCUUUCUCUCCUCUUAGGUCGUCAUAAGAAACCCUAGAAACAGUUCAGCCUCCUUCUAUCCGUUGUAUCCAGAUUAGGGUCUCAGAUCGUGCAGUAGAGAUGCUGGGCUCCGGCGAUCCCAAUUCACCCUUUAGAUGUAUAAUUGUCCCGUCAACAAGAUAUCGAGUGUUACCAGAGAUUCCAGCUUUACUAGAAAUACCUGUUCAUGAAAAUCCAGAGCAGCUUCAGACAUCUUUCCAAGAAUUUUUGGAUGAUUACACUAGAGCUCGUCAGAAUCGAUCAUCUGAUCCUCUUAAAUUUGCUGAAUGUGAAGGUAAUCUUAUUGAAGUAGUUUCAAGGUUCGGAACUUUAAAAGUUGAUGUUCCUGAAUUUUAUUCCCCAGUAUUAAAGCUUCCGGCUAUUGAAUCGAUGAUUAGUUUAUUAAAAGAUGAUGAAUGUGGGAGCCUUUUAGCUAGUUGUAUUCUUUUUACAUUCGAAAAGUUAACUGAUCCGGAUAUUUUAAUAUAUGGUCAACAUGAAGAAGCUACCGUUUUCGUUGAGUCUCUGGUUAAGUCUGAAGCCUUAAACGUAUUUGCUUCUACUCUUGAUAAGUUUCCAGGAUAUGAUGAUGUUUAUUUCCCAGCACUUCAAACAAUUGCGCAGAUGAUAUUUCUUGAUUCGUAUGUAGCAGAUACCGCGGGUAAGCAUACCCAACUGAUAGAAUGGGUGUUUAAAGCACUCAGAGCUCCCGAAUGGGAUGAACUAAAACAGUAUGUUGUGGGGUUAUUAGAUACUCUUGAUGUCUAGUAAGGAAAAUAGACUUCAAUUUGGUAAUUGGGGUGCUGUAACUGUUGUAGUAAAUGCUCUUACAUCCCUUGAAAGUCCUAAUGAAGAACAAGAAGAAGCCCCGCUGGAUUAUGAAGACGUAGAAUACCUGGUGGAGACUUUGUUUAGUUGUUUACUUUUUCUAUUCGAAUGUUCGGAGAAUAUAGUGCGUUUUGUUGAUGCUGAAGGAGUUCAGUUAAUGAUUAAAUUUAUUCAGCAAGAGGAAUUCGGUUAUUGUUAUGGAUCUGCAAUUGAGGCACUUGCUACUGCAGUGAAAGUUUGUCAAUCUGCUUCUGAGAAAUUUGUGAAACAUGCUUUGGCAUGGAACACUGCUUUCCCGCCUUCCAUGGAUAAGAUUCCACCAAGUGUUACGCACGUGAAAGAAAAAAUAGAAGCGCAUCAUAUAUCUCUAAUCGCAUCAUUAACUGGUGGCAUUGCCAAGACGGAAAAAGGUAACUUUUUAAAAAAGUUUGAGGAGGAUGAUUUCGAAAGAAUCACCUGGCUUAUGGAGCUCUAUAGAGGAUAUUCUGAAGAAGUUGAAGCAAUGGCGAAUCGUCUUGAAGAUGAAGAGUAUGAGCUCUGCAUGGAAAAACUGCGAUAUGAAUCCACAGUUCAGUCGAUUGCUGUUAUUCUUGGUUAUCUUUUGUCCGAGGAUCCUACAACACGAAAUAAAAUUGAAAAUCAAUUAACUCAUCACAACUUAAAGAAGAAACAUGUGCAGGAUUUUAUCUUGGUUUAUCGAGACAGCAUUGGCAAUGCGGGCGAAUCAGUAGAAAGUGCAGAGACUGUGAUGGAGGAAAGCACUGGUUCCCUUGAGGAAAAUCCUAAACAAGGGAUGGAGCUGGAUGUAAAGGAAAAUCCUGACAAGAGGAUGGGGCUGGAUGUAAAGUACCAGACGCGACGGAGUGCAAGGCUCAUGGAGCUGGAUGUAAAGGAAAAUCCUGACAAGAGGAUGGGGCUGGAUGUAAAGUACCAGCUGCGACAUAGUUCAAGGCUCAAGCGGAGACGCACAUCUUUUUAGGUUAUGGAAUAUGAGAGUUUAUUAGAGGUUAAAACCUUUGUUGGGAGUGAAGUACGAACUAUCAGGAAUAUCAUGACAGUAUGGCAUUAUACCUUGUUCUGCUAGGUUAUGUAGAUAUUUCACACUAUUUUCAAAUCAAACGAGAAUAAUCCAUCUUUUCUUUCAAGGGUAAUUUGAUUGUAAGCUCGUAGUGUCCGUCUCUGUUAAAAACCGAAGUGGCCGGUUAAUUUGUGGGACUUACACAAAUGUUUUUAACAUCGAUUUGCAAAUAGGUUCGAAGGAGAGUUGAUAAAGGUAAAAAAAUUGUACAUUACGGUGUUUUGAACCUAAUUUUUGUUGCUAUUUAAAUGUAUUAAAUGCUUUAUGGAUCUUUAUAGUUA